GUGUGUCAGAGUGAGACGUCUGUCGUCUCUCCGCAUCUCCGGGUCGGCGGGGCGGCCGGCUCCUGGUCUCCCUGCUCCGCUGCUCCUCCACGGUGCAACCUCUCCGCUUCUCCGACCCCCUUCCCCCGGCUCUCCCUCCGCCACCCUCCAGGGAUGCUCCGGCUGUGGCUGCAGGCUGCGGCCGCGCUGCUGCUGCUGGGCCCCGGGUGCCGGGGCGGCGCGGCCCGGCUCUACACGGAGGAGGACCCGCUGGUGAUCCUGACCCGCGCCAGCCUCAAGCCCGCCCUCACCAACUCGUCCUCGGCCUGGCUGAUCCAGUUCUACUCGUCCUGGUGCGGACACUGCAUCCACUACUCCGACACGUGGAAGGCGCUGGCCCACGACGUGAAAGACUGGCAGGAGGCCAUCACCGUUGCCGUGUUGGACUGCGCUCUGGAGGAAAACUUCGACGUCUGCAAAGAGUACGGAAUCAAGUUCUAUCCGACGUUCAAGCACUUCCGGGCUCACGGUUCUCCGGCAGACAGAGGGAAUAUCUACAGAGGCGCAGACAGGGAGAUCCAGUCUGUUCGUCAGCUGAUGGUGAACAUCCUACAGAACCACACCAAACAGGACCGGCCCCAGCACUGUCCUGCAUUAGAGCCGUCCAGCUCUGCCGAGCUGCUCCCCCUGCUGGGUCAGCGGUUGGAUCACCACACUGCCAUCAUCGUGGAGGAACCGGACUCGUACGUAGGAAGGGAGGUGAUGCUGGACCUGCUGCCCUACUCGGGUGUGGAGGUGAAGCGAGCUCUGAGCUCGGACCGCCCCCUGCUGGACACCCUGAAGAUGAGCAGCUUCCCCUCCAUCUACCUGCUGCAGUCCAACGGGACGCACUCACACCUGCACAGUGAGAAGGGGCUUCGUUUCUUCUUCUCCUCCCUGCUGAGGGCGUUGCCGGGCGUCCAGCGGCGCAGCAGUUCCACGGCGGCCCACGUGGGGGCGCUGCCGGACAAACAGAGCUCGGAGCCGUGGAGACCCUUUGACGGGUCCAAGGUGUACACGGCCGACCUGGAAUCUGCGCUUCAUUACCUGCUGCGGGUGGAGCUGGCCACCCACGAGACCCUGGAGGGGGAGGAACUCAAGGUCUUCAAGGAUCUGGUCACACUGGUUGCCAAGCUGUAUCCAGGUGCAGGCUCUGUGGUGAAGCUGAUGGAGACGCUCUCUGACUGGCUGCUCAGUCUGCCCCUGCAGAGAAUCCCCUUCCAGGCCGUGCUGGACCUGGUGGACAACAAGAUGAGGAUCUCCGGUGUGUUCCUGGGGAAGGAGCUCCGCUGGGUGGGCUGCCAGGGCAGCCGGCCGGGCCUGCGAGGUUACCCAUGCUCCCUCUGGACUCUGUUCCACGUUCUGACCGUCCAACACGAUGCCAUGCCCACCGCUCUGGAGAACACAGGUCUGGAGGGCGAGGGCGCUCCGGUGCUGCAGGUCAUGCGUCGCUACAUCCGGAUGUUCUUCGGCUGCGAGGCGUGCGGCCGACACUUUGAGGCGGCGGCCGCCGCCAGCUUGGACGGCGUGACGAGCCUGGAGGAACAGAUGCUGUGGCUGUGGAACCAACACAACCGGGUCAACACCAGGCUGGCCGGCUCGCUGAGCGACGACCCCCUCUUCCCAAAAGCCCCGUGGCCGAGCCCGUCCCUCUGCCCGUCCUGCCACGAGGAGAAAUACGGCGUCCACGUGUGGAACCAGGACCACGUCCUCCGUUUCCUCCGACAUCACUACGGCGCCUCCAACCUGUCCCCCAAAUACUCCCUGGGUCCCCCGCACCUCCCGCACCUCCAGACCCCUCCCCCGGCUCCGGCCGCCUCCACCCAGGCUCCGGUGGAGCACCGGGGAGCAGCGGGAGCAGGGAGGGAGGAGCCGGACCCUCGGCCUGGAGGACACCACACUCAGACCGGGGACGGGAAGGAGGAGGUGUUGAGUUCAGUUGGAGGAGGAGGAGGAGGAGGAAAAGGAGGAAGAGGAGGAAGAGGAGGGAGAGGGGGCGUGUGGAUUCUGGGUCUGGGUUUCACCAGCGUGGACAUGAGUCUCUGCGUGGUUCUCUACGUCUUCUCCUGCCUCUUCCUCAUGCUCCUCUUCUUCUUCUUCCGAGUGCGAUCCAGGAGGUGGACGCUCCGACACUCGCGGCUCUACGUCUGACCCGGACCUGGAGCCGGUUCAGGGCAGACGGGGACGUGUCAGCUCGGAUCAACGCUGCAGCGGUCCGUUUCUACUGGUCUACCGUUUCUAACACAGGACCUGAUCCGUCGGCCGUUUGUCCAUCGCCUGGACCGCCACUCGCAUCAGGAACCACCACUGAUCGGCCCGCGCUGCUGCAGAACCGAGGCCAGCUCAAAGCUCAGGUGGUCCUCAUGCUUCAUUACAACGCCGUGGACAAAGACUUUGGACCUUACAGGAUCCUCAGUCUGAACUGGAUCAGAAUCUCAGACCACGUUAGUGCCAAAUGAUGCCAAAUAAAACCUUCUGAAAUAUAACGCGCCAAACUCCGCCCCUUCUGCUCCAGCACUCGACGUGUUUUUGUGGACAUGUGAGGACUUGAGCUCCCGAGCACCUUUAUGGGCUCAAAUUAAAGCCAUAAAUAUUUUGUAUCUGUAAAUAAACUUUGUACUUGUAGAA